AUGGCAUUAGCGGUACUUCCAGCAAUCAUCGUCAGUUUUGUGAUCGUCGUGGUAUCGCUCGGUACAUUCUACAUCUACAGGGCAUACAGGCGCGUGCACUAUACAAUCCACGAUGUAGAGCGCACCCGCCAUAUCAAAAUCGCCGGUCUCUCGCAACAAAAGCCCAUCGAAUUUCAUGAUCUCGAAGGUCCGCGUAAACAAUGUCAUAGCGGUCAGUGGUACGGCUCCGAGGGUAUGGCUCUCACACACGUCGCGCCGGCCGCGAAACCACUGCCGCAUACUCCGGAGAUUGAGUACUCAGGAGGUGAGGGGCUUGUUAGACCUCCGGCACGAGUCUUCCUAUCCACUGAGGUACAGCAACCUGAGCCACUCUGUCCAAAGCCUUUGCGCACGGUGACCAAAAGGCUGAAAUCAGAGCCCACGAGUACCGCAUAUGACUCAGAUCAGACGGCAGCGUCGGAAAUAUGGGAUAAGAUUGAGAAGGGCGAGUUGGAACCCUCACGACGUAAGGCGCAGAGGAAAUUGCCAAAGACAUCGAAUGCACUUAUACCCGAAAUACUCCGAGAUCCUUCAGAGUUUGAGCGCGACCCCAUGACAGACGUCGACGUUGAUAGUAGCACCAGAGAAUGGGCAAAGCCCAAUCGCCCCGCGCUGCAUUUCACACCACGCUCAAACAAACGCAAGUCGUCUGACAGUAUGGCUACGGUUGUCGACGCCAAUAACGCGAACAUCGAACGCCCCCAGUCAUACGUCAAGCGCAAACAGAGCAUUGGUACAGGAGCGAUCAAGCCAACUCAGCCCCUGGAUCGAGCUGCAGACGCGCGCCGUCAGAUAUCGGAGAGGAAAAAGCAAAUGGCGGAAAGGCAGAAGAAAGAGGACGCGGACCAUUUAGCAGAGGAGCAAAGGCAGGCCAAUGAACAAAAGCAGCGCGCAGCUGAACAACAGAGACUGGCUGAAGAGAAGCAGCGACAAGAAGACAUAGGAAAAGCCCGCUCAUUGGCACAAGUUUCAGAUGACGAAGAUACUGAUCUAGACGACAAGAGGCCCUCUAACUCUCAAAGACUGCGCACUCGCCGGAGAACCGACACAUCCUCCAAGUCGAAGCGUGAGCGCAAUAGUCGUGAGACGUUGCUCACACCUGGUCCUAAGCGAGCAUAUACCUUCGCGAAUGACGCGUCCAAUGGUAUGAAUAGCCCCAACAUGGACGAAAAGACGGGUUGCAGCAGUAAAGGAAGUUCUAGGAGCAUGAGUAUGAAUGAUCAGGCAAGGCCAGACUUUAACGCGACGAUGCUGUCAAUCGCCGAGGGGGCCCACGUCGACCCCUUCUCCGACAAUGCAGCAAUACGGUCGUACGGUUCCACCGAGAAAUCUGUUUCGUCAAUGUACUCUACCGCCUACGCCGCAUCGAAUGAUGGCGAAGGAAAUCACACCUUGAGGUCUGCCGACUACGAAGAGAGAGUCAUGCCUAAAAACACACCAGAGAACCCAUUUGCUUCUUACAAAGACCCCGAAGACCCCUUCGCGACGGCUCAAACAUCAUCGGCUGCGUCAAGCAAUGAGAGUCGAGUGUCGUUCUCCCAAGUACAGCGACGUUCGAACGCCUCCAGCAAUAAUAGCAGGAACAGCUCAGGUACGAACUAUUCUGAACGCGACGGUAGUAAACUCAGCGCGCAUUCCCGUAUUUCUGCGGAUAGCCAAUGCAGUCAGCAGUCGGCUUUCGGUCGUGAGAAGCCUAAACGGAAGUCAUCUGUCGCAUCCCGGGCAUUCAGCAAAAUCAGUCGGAAAUCUUCAUCGUCAGACAAGAAGAAGAAAGAAAGAGAUUCUACGAGCUCGACACAGUCUCGGGAACGUGAAGGACCAGGAUUGCGGGGUGGAGGAAAGAUGUACGUGGAGGAGCCAGAAGUGAUGUCGGUGUCAGAUGAUGAACACAGGGAUGAGCAGAGAGAUAGGAGCAAGCCAGAACAGCAAGUGAAGAACGGAGUGGAGAUGCGCGGCGGUCUAGGAGAAAAGGUCCAGAGCGAGAGUGAGGUUGAGACGGAGCGUGAAGAAGAGAGCGACGCUGCUGAGGUCGGAAACUCGGAGGAAGAACAUUUGGAUAUGAGCUCAAGCGACGAGGACGAGAUCGCGAGCAAGAAACACGACUCCUCCAAAGACGAAGUCUCGGACGAUGAUGACGCGUCCGAGGACGAAGAUUCAGAGUCCGAAAUCUCUGAUACUGGCACUUCUGACGCCAUUAGUUCGGAUGACGAAUCUGAAGAGGAGGUCUCAGACGAUGAGCACGGUCAGGUACUGAAGAAGGCGAUUGAGAUCGCGGGCGUCGCAGCUAGGAAGGCGGGCAGGGGCAAGGCAUGA